CAACCAAACCAUAUCCUAAAUACACGAUGUCAUCCCCUGUGUGGACUGCAACCGUGCAAGCUAGUGCCCUGGCAGCUGUUUCUAAUGGCAUAGGGCAGAUUAUAACCAACCAACGGACCAAAGGAAAGGCCUCAUCAUCUAUUAGUUUGUCAGCGCUGGUGCGCUUCAUGAUUGUUUCGGGGCUCUGUACCCCGCCCAACUACAAAUUCCAACUGGCUCUUGAAAAGCACUUCCCGAGCGAUGUCGGCGCGAACGGCUCGAUGGAUAGAAAAUCCAUUAUCAAUACCGUGAUUAAACUGGCGAUUGAUCAAACCGUAGCGUUGGUUCUGAAUUGCGUGUUUUAUAUUGUUGGCAUGUGUGUAUUGGAGGGGAACAGUUAUGCCCAGAUCAAAGCAGCAUUAAAACAGGGUCUCGGGCCUAUGAUCCGUGCAUCAUACAAAUUUUGGCCGGCUGUGACCCUUUUAAACUUAGUUGCUGUCCCUGUUGAGCAGAGAACGCUGGUCGGUAACAUUGCAGGCUUCUUCUGGGGUAUUUAUGUUAGCUUUAGCGAUUUCGCAUGAUUGUUUUGCUAUUGGAUACCUUCUUGGCUCUGGUUCGGUCCUAUUUACAUGCCGGACAUUUCAAGCCCAGAGAAGAAAGUAGAACGCUUCGGAUGAAAGAAGAUAAUUUAUCCAACCUAAUUAAAACUGUCCACACGAGG